AUGACUCCCGAGUUGAUUCUUUCCGAAGUAGAGCGCGUCACGCAGUCCCACGAAGACUUUGUGAUUGACGAUUCAUUUUUUGUGAACCUGGUCAGCGUUCAGAUGCCCGAGAAAGGAAGCGGAUAUCAUUCCUUCUUCUGCAACAUCGACAAGUUCCUACAAAAUAAAACGUGUAUCAUUCAAAUCAAGAACGAAGACACGCUGUGCUGUGGUAGGGCGCUUGUCGUUGCGAGGGACCGAUUGGAGAAAGGAAAUGACCCCAGGGUGGAAUCGAGGUGGAACAGCGUUCGUCUGGGGCGAAGGAUCCAGAGCGUUUUGGCAGAGGAACUGUACGAGUCUGCCGGGGUGGCCAAGGGACCUUGCGGCCUACCCGAGCUUCAGAAAUUUCAGGAGCUGUUAUCGGACUACCAAAUCAUCGUUGUCUCUGCAAAAGAGUUAAACCGGGUCGUAUUCAAGGGUCCAAGCAAAGAAAAAAGGCUCUUGCUCUAUCUCAUCAGAGGACAUUAUCACGUCAUCACCAGCCUGCCGGCAUUUUUCGAGCGGUCGUACUAUUGCUAUGACUGUAACCGUGGUUACAACGAUAGGAAAAAUCAUAAAUGCGAGAACAUUUGCAAGCUCUGUGGGAAGGCCAAUUGUCCUCCGAGGAACGAGUGGACGUACUGUGCAGACUGCAACAGGAACUUUCAAUCACAACAGUGUCACGACAAUCACAAGACCCCUGGCGAUGCCAACAAUUCGCAAACCAUGUGCAACUACAAGGUCAGAUGUGCGAAAUGUCUGAAAGUUUAUUGUCGAGAUCAGAAGAAGAAACACGAGUGUUUUACACGAGAAUGUCGACACUGUUUUGAGACCGUUGGAGACGACCACUUGUGCUACAUACAGAAAAUUCCUCGACAAGAAAGAAAGCCUGAGAAGGACAAGGACUUGGCGGAAAGACUUCGGAAGGAGCACGAGAGAAGAGAGGUGGUCAUCGCGGACGAUGCGCAACUGCUGGAAGAAGAUUGUAAAAAUGGAAGGUUGCAACGCGUGGAUCUUGACAACGGAGAGAGCGUGUAUGGCAUCGUUGUGGAGACAGAGCAAGAUUUCCAGAGACAUUUUGGAACGCGUACUGCGAAGAUCAACCGUCCCAAAAGAGGCAAGAAGACCAGAGAACAAACUGAACAAGAGGAAGAUGCAGGUAGUGAGGGGGAUAGUGAUGAUGAAGAAGAAUACAAUGAAGACCCGAACGUAAUCUAUUCGUUUGAUUUCGAAUGUGAGCAAAGCAGCGGUGAACACAAAGUGAUCUGUGCUGUCGUGAAGUGCGAGCAUGACAAAGGUGUGAUCAUCUUCAGAGGGCUGGAGUCCUGUAACCUCUUUUGCCGAUGGUUGUUUGACGGAUGUCACGAAGACAGUACCUUCAUGGCACACAAUUUACGCGGUUACGACUCCCACUUUAUCAUCAACUACUUGCUAGACAACGUUGUGGUACCCACUGUCAUCUACAACGGUGCAAAGAUCAUGGCCAUGCAAAUACCACAGAUGAAUAUCAAGUUCAUAGACAGUUUCAAUUUUCUGCCUAUGGCUCUCGCCAAAUUCCCGAAAACGUUUGGAUUCGAAGACAUUUCUAAGGGUUAUUUCCCCCACCUGUUUGUUUCAACGGAAACCAUGAACUACAGAGGACCCAUCCCCGAUCUUCACUACUAUGACGUGGACUCCAUGUCGCCGGAAAAGCGAGAGCAGUGCAUGGCGUUUCAUGCAGAGAAAGUGGCAGAAGGGUACGUGUUCGAUGUUGUUGUAGACAAUACAAAAUACUGUGUCACAGACGUGUUGGUGAUGGAGAGAGGGAUACUGGCCUUCCGCGACAUCUUUUGGCGUGCCACAAACAUCAACCCCUUCGACAAAGCGAUCACAAUAGCGUCGGCCUGCAGUCAAGUGUUCCGCACCAACCACUUGGAACGUAACACCUUGGCGAUAGUACCGGCGAUGGGGUAUCAUCACCGACAGCUUCAGAGCAAGGAGGCCAUCGACUGGCUCAAUUUUGUGGCCUUUCGUGAUAACGUGAGCAUCCAGCAUGUCAAUAACGGCGGAGAGAAGAAAGUGUGUGGCAGAAAAGUCGACGGCUUCUGCGAAGAGACCAACACCGUGUACGAAUACAACGGAUGUUUCUACCACGGAUGUCAGAAAUGUUUCAAGCCACACACGGUGAACCCCGUAAACGACACCGCUGUGAUCGAGCUGUACGCCGACACCUUGCGAAAGAAGAAAAUGAUACGAACAGCAGGUUUCGUCUACGUGGAAAUGUGGUCUCACGAGUUUCAGGAAAUCAGAAAGAGCGACCCUCGCUACGACGACUACCGUAAGAACUGUCCACGUCCUUGCGAGACACCUGCGGAGAGGGAUGGGAUAAGUUUCUUAAACGCUAGGGACGCGUUUUAUGGAGGCAGAACAAACGCCAGUCGUCUGUACUACAAGGCAGACGAGGCAGCGGGUGAGACCAUUCAGUACGACGACUUCACGAGUUUGUACCCGUGUAUCAACAAAUACGGGAAAUAUCCGACGCAUCACCCCAAGAUCAUUGUCGAGAACUUUGACGAGUUGAGCAACUACUUCGGAGUGAUCAAGUGUAAAGUGUUGCCUCCCAGGAAGCUGUAUCACCCCGUGCUACCGGAUCGUGUUGGAAACAAGCUGAUGUUCCACCUGUGUCGAAAGUGUGCCGAGACUCGUCAGCAAACGCCGUGCCUUCACUCUGACGACGAACGCGCCUUCGUGGGUACCUGGGCCACGGUCGAACUAGAGCUGGCUGUGCAGAAGAAUUACAAGAUUGUCCAGAUGUACGAAGUACACCACUUUGAACAUUCGUCAAAAGAGUUGUUUCGCGGCUACAUCGACGCGUUCCUUAAGAUUAAACAAGAGGCGUCUGGCUGGCCUCUCUGGGUGAUCGAGGCUGAAGAUAGGCCUGCAGCAGAAGGGCGAUACCUGCAAGAGUACGAGAUGAACGAGGGCAUCAAGUUGACAAGAGCCAACAUCGAAGUCAACCCCGGUUUCCGCGCGUUGGCGAAGCUCAUGUUGAACAGCUUCUGGGGGAAGUUCGGACAACGCAACAACUUCCCCCAGACGAGAUUCAUCACAUCGCCUGACGAGUUUUUCGGACUCUUGGGGUCGACAGAUCACGUCGUCAAUAACAUUCACUGUGUUUACGAGGAAGUUGUAGAAGUAGAAUAUGUACACAAGAAAGAGCUCAUUCCGGAAGCUUCCAACACCAACAUAUACAUAGCAAUCUUCACCACUGCCAUGGCCCGCAUCAAGUUGUACGAAUCUUUAGACAGGCUUGGAGAUGCAGUAUUGUACUAUGACACAGAUAGCAUAAUAUACAGAUGCGACGGGGAUAAUCACCUUCCCCGUGGUGAUUAUCUCGGGGAUUUCACCAACGAGGUAGAGGGUAACGGUGGGUACAUCACAGAGUUCUGCAGUGGAGGACCCAAGAACUAUAGCUAUGUCACCGCUGAUGGUACCACCGUAACAAAAGUCAGGGGUUUUACUCUGAACUUUAAGAACCAGAAGCUAAUCAACUUCCCCGUCAUGAAGGGUAUGGUAGUCAGUGAUUCCCCCGAAUCCGUAGACGUUGUCAAUGACCACAAGAUCGUGCGUGAUAAGAAAUCAAAGAAAGUCUUGAGCAAGCGCGAAGUCAAGAAAUAUAGGUUGGUGUAUGACAAACGGGUGAUACAGGAAGACUUCAAUACUCUACCCUAUGGGUAUUAG